UCAAUUAGGUCACUGUCUGUUGUUUCUCCAGGUCACGUGGACUUUACCAUUGAGGUGGAGCGAGCGCUGCGUGUGCUGGACGGUGCUGUGCUGGUCCUGUGUGCGGUGGGGGGAGUCCAGUGUCAGACUAUGACAGUGAACAGGCAGAUGAAACGCUACAACGUCCCCUUCCUCACCUUCAUCAACAAGCUGGACCGCAUGGGCGCCAACCCCAACCGAGCCCUGCUGCAGAUGAGAACCAAACUGAACCAUAACGCAGCCUAUGUGAACAUCCCAAUGGGCCUGGAGGGGAACAUACGCGGCAUCAUCGACCUGGUAGAGGAUAGGAGCAUAUAUUUUGAGGGACCUUUUGGUCAAGAUAUCCGCUAUGAUGAGAUCCCGGCAGAUUUCCGCACUGAGGCUGCAGACCGGCGGCAGGAGCUGGUGGAGUGCGUGGCUGACGCUGAUGAAAUCUUGGGAGAGAUGUACUUGGAGGAAAAGCCUCUAACAAAUAGCGACCUGAAGGCUGCGAUCCGCAGGGCCACCUUGCAGCGCCUCUUCACUCCGGUGCUGGUCGGCACCGCGCUGAAGAACAAAGGCAUCCAAGCUCUACUAGACGCUGUCCUGGAUUACAUGCCAAACCCCACUGAAGUCAAAAACUAUGCCAACUUCAAUGAUGAUGUUGCCGAUGAAACAACAAAGAUGGAAAUGGACCCUACAAGAAACUCUACGAACCCCUUUGUUGCUCUGGCCUUCAAACUGGAGGCGGGCAGAUUCGGCCAGCUGACAUAUGUGCGGGUGUACCAGGGCUGCCUGAAGAAGGGAGAGCACAUCCACAACACACGCACUAACAAGAGAGUCAGAGUUCAGAGGCUAGUGCGUCUCCACGCCGACCAGUUGGAGGACGUGGAGGAGGUUUAUGCUGGAGAUAUUUGUGCUCUGUUUGGGAUUGACUGUGCCAGUGGAGACACUUUUACAUCCAGGGCUGGUGCUAACCUCUCCAUGGAAUCUAUUCAUGUCCCAGAGCCUGUUAUUUCCAUGUCAAUAAAACCAAAUAACAAGAUUGACCUGGAUAAAUUCUCCAAAGGUAUGGGUCGUUUCACCAGGGAAGAUCCGACGUUUCGAGUGUAUUAUGACGCGGAGAGCAGAGAAACCAUCAUCUCAGGAAUGGGCGAGCUUCAUCUAGAAAUCUACUCCCAGAGGAUGGAGAGGGAAUAUAACUGUCCCUGUGUGAUGGGGAAACCCAAAGUGGCUUUCAGAGAGACGAUCAGUGCUCCUGUACAGUUUGACUUCCUUCACAAGAAGCAGAGCGGCGGCUCGGGGCAGUAUGGUAAAGUUAUCGGAUACAUUGAGCCUCUUGAUGGCGAGAAUCAGACCGGCCUGGAGUUUGAAGACCUGACUGUUGGAACCAACAUCCCGAAGCAGUUUGUACCAGCUGUCGAAAAGGGCUUCAGGGAGGCCUGUGAGAAGGGACCCCUGAGCGGGCACAAGAUCUCAGGACUGAAGUUCGUCCUGGAGGAUGGAGCGCAUCACUUGGUGGACUCCUGUGAGAUGUCCUUCAUCCGUGCAGGGGAGGGUGCUCUAAAACAAGCGAUGGAGAGAGCCAGCACGGCCAUCCUGGAGCCCAUCAUGUCUGUGGAGAUCGUAGCUCCUGUAGAGUUUCAGGGAGCGGCCAUCGCUGGUGUAACCCGCCGGCAAGGAGUCAUCUCCGAACACGACGGGACGGAGGGAUACAUCACCCUGUGCGCUGAGAUUCCACUUAACAACAUGUUUGGAUACGCCACAGAACUACGCUCCGCCACUGAAGGAAAAGGGGAGUACACCAUGGAGUACAGCAGAUACCAGCCCUGCCUGCAGGCAACACAAGAGGAAAUCAUCCAGAAAUACUUGGAGUCUACAGGGCAGCUGCCUGCGAAGAAGAGCAAGUGGAAGGCCUAAAAAAGCAUUAUCCACCGAUUAGACUGGACUUUAACACGACAGCCGUCUCUCAUUUCUACACACAUCGACCGUGACUCAACAAUAAGGCCUACAUUUGAGGAGCCAUGAAAAAACUGACACUUUACUUUUGUAGCUAUUGUUUCUCCCUGACCCACUGCAGAAAACAUAUUUAUUACCUUGAUUUUACAAACAUUCGACCUUGUUGGUAUAAAAAACUCUGUGUUUUGACUUGAGCGUAAAAUGGCUAUUGUACUAUGUACAGAAUGGUCUGCAACAAAGAUAUAUAUCCAUCUUUUAAAGUGUUGUUCUUUUGAUGUGCGCGUCAUUUGUCUCCACAACUACAAAUGCCUUCUUUUUCUUGUACAGCAGCAUGCUCCUGGCAACCUGUAGUUCUAAUGAUGUAAAUGAUUAUCUACAAAAAUAUAAAAACAGCUAUAUGGA